UAUGUAGGCUUAGAUCAAUAUGAUUUAAAAGUUCAAUAUUACUUCACCAUGUGAGAAAACAACAUAUGUUUUUGGAGCAGAUUGUAUAUUGAAUAUUUUUGGAGAUUUAUUAAUUUUAUGGACAUAUUUAUCAUAUUACAUCCAUUGGACAAUUAGACAUUUGACAUGGAACAUAGCAAGAAAAUACUAGAGCUGAAGAAAAGACUGGUUGGAAUUAAACCACUAGAAGACGAGCCUGAAUUUUUCAACUCAGAAGAAACGCUAGUCAGAUUCUUGAAAUCAAGAGAAUGGAAUAUAAACGAUGCUGAGAAAAUGAUGAAAGAAUCAAUAGAAUAUAGAAGAAGAAUUCGUCCUUCACAUUUAGACUGUAAAUGGUGCCACGAACGCCCAGGUUGUCAUUCAAUGAGACAAGUUGGUUUUGAUGAAGCUGGAAGACCAGUGAUUUACUCCAAUUUUGCUCAAGCUAAUCUACAUCAUAAUACAACUGAAGACACUAUCUGUCACUGUACCUAUCUAAUAGAAAAUGCCAAAAGGACCAUGUCACCUGAAGUAUCCACAUGGGUCUUUGUUAUUGAUUGUACAGGUAUGACUAUACAAGCAUGUAACCCAAAGCUUGGUUAUGGUGUAACACAAGUAAUGGCAAAUCAUUAUCCAGAACGCCUCGGACUUGUUAUCUGUGUUAACCAUAACCCAGUCUUCCAAGGAAUCUGGAAAGCCAUGAAAGUAUUUAUACACCCAAACACUUCAUCCAAAGUCAAACUUGUCAAAUCAAAGUCUAAAGUCAAACAAACAUUCCUGGAGGUAUUCCCAUCAGAAUUGACAGACUGGAUUCUUGAGGAAAUGAGACAAAACAAGAUCAAGCCGUUACCUUCUACACAGAGGGAGUUCUGGAAUAAACCUUCCGACAGUGUACGUCAUGAUCCGAGAGGUUGUUCUUCAUACAUAGAAAAAUACAUUGACAGAAGUGAAAUAGAAAAUGAUGCUAAUGAGAUUGAACACAAAGCACAUCCUAAUAUAAUGGAUUCUAUCAAGGGAAAAGUUGUAUCAGUGAAAAAAUCUUCUGAACUUGAAAAACAAUCGUCACCAUUCCAUAAUCUUGAUUCUUGUAAUUCUGACAGUGAUGAAGAAUUUGAACAAAUUGAAAUGCUAGAUAUUCCAGAUGAGUUCAAAGUUCCUGAUCAUGCAGUAAAAUUUACUUGAAUAAAGUUUUGUUAAUUGUU